AUGACACGCUCCUGGGCUCCGCUGGCCAACAAUGAGGCCGAGACUCGACCACGGCCGCGCGCCCUCGUCGUCCUCAACCAACCGUUCUCGAUCGGCCUGCUCGACCGCCUCUGGUCAUCUGCCCAAUGGCGAUGUUGUGCCGACGGCGGCGCCAACCGCCUCCAUGACCUCCUUCUCCGCUCUGCUCCCGCCGCCCGACGCAGGUACAUCCCCGAUCUCGUCAAAGGCGACUUCGACUCGCUCCGGGACGACGUCAAGGCGUACUACACGUCGCAGGGCGCGAGCGUCGUUCACGAUGAAGACCAGUACUCGACGGAUCUCAUGAAAUGCGUGCAUGCCCUAGAAGAGAAGGAGAAGAGCGAAGGCGUCCAGGUCCCAGUCGUUCAGUACGAGCUCAUCCUCCUCGGCGGGCUCUCCGGCCGCCUCGACCAAACCGUACACACCCUACAUUACCUUCACAAAAUGCGCAAGUCCCGCGACACGGUGUACGCUUUCACGGACGAUAACGUCGGCUGGGUCCUCGACGAGGGCGACCACGAGAUACACGUAGACCAGACCCUCUUCGGCCCCACUUGCGGUCUACUCCCGGUCGGCAUAGAGACGACCACGCUCACGACGCGGGGAUUACGGUGGGACAUCGAGAACUGGGAAUCGUCGUUCGACACGCGCAUCUCGACCUCGAACCAGUUCGUCCCCGGACAGGACGUCGUCCGCGUCAGCACCACGCGCCCGAUCUGGUGGUGCAUGGAGAUCCGCGCGUCGGGGCUGUAG